AUGCAUCUCCGGAAACUAUUUUCCCCAAUUUUUGCUUAUCACUUGAACUUAAAAUGCUGCCAUGUGAAAGGGUUAGGGAACCCUCGAGGACUCCCACUCUUUCCGUCUUGCCCCAUAAGAAUAUUUAAUUUCAUGUUACCCCUUCCCUACCCCAACAAAGUAUUGAAUAUGUUUGGAUUCCCUGAAUGGAUUGAAUUCCGUGAGCUGGUCCGCCGCAUGGCCUUGAAUCGGAAUUGGAAGUGGUCAACCAUUUGCAAAGUGAUGGCCCUCAUCAGCGGAGCACUCCUGAACCUACCACUUUACUCCAACCAAAGCAAAGGAAUCGACAUUUCAAAGGACCCCAGCUGGCGAGCAGCAACGCGGGCAGCGCACAAGUUCGAAAACCGCGAACCGACCAACCCACCAGCACCGGUGACAUACGAACAGAUGAAGAAAGCACACGCAGCACUCGAGAGAGAGUGCCCAAUCGCAGCGCUAUACCUGAUGAUGAUGUGGUGCUGUGCGGCGCGGGCGGGCGACAUCGCAACUCUUCUCAAAAAAGAUGUAAGAGUCGAACAGACGACGGAGUCGGACAGCUUAACGGACCUCACGAUGACCAUACGGUACGGCAAAGGAGCCCACUUUCGCGGACCAUACCCAGUGGCGACGAUAUUGCCCAGGAAGGACGCGUCGGUUCUGCAACAAGUGUUGAACGACCGUCUUCGGAAGCAGCGGCUGUUUCCGGACGCCAAGGCACUUCGGGACAGGGUGCUCCAGGCACUGCGGAACGAGAACGUACUCUCCUCCCUCCCGUCAGUACGGAAAGGGUCGGCGAGACACAUGGCAGCGCAGGGGGUGCCGGAGGAACAAAUCAUGCGCUUGACGGGGCACACUCGCCUCGAGACAUUGCAGCGGUACCUGGGUUAUGGCCACCAACUAACGCGGGAGGCAGAACUCGCACGGGACAGCGUCGCCCAAGCCCUCCGCGAGCCGAGUUCCUAG